UCGUCGUUUCCAGCCCCAAGCUUGUUCAGAAAUCAGAGCCCCAUAUGUGGCGCCACCGCCACGCACCGACGCACGCCCACCACCACAUCCCGAUCUGGGCGUUCGGCCUACGCCAACGCAAAAAAGAGCAAAGCUCCUUCUUUCCAUCUGCACACGAACGCGCGCAACACCGCAGCCGCGCUUACAAAUACCCGCCCCAAGCGAGCGAGGUGCCCGCCUGCCCGGAGCACGACACGAGAACACCACCACCAGGCACCACAACCAACCGACCGAUCGAAGCCGGCAGACAAUCAAUGGACGGCCAGGGCAACAGCGGCAGCGCGGGCGCGGGCGACUGCGACGCGGUGGCGCGGGCCUUCGUGGACUACUACUACCGCACGUUCGACGCCAGCCGCGCCGCGCUGGCCGUGCUCUACGGCCAGACUUCCAUGCUCUCCUUCGAGGGCCACGCCGUCGCAGGCGCCGAGGAGAUCGGCCGGAAGCUGGCGCAGCUGCCCCUGGAGCAAUGCCGGCACGCCGUGUGCACGCUCGACAGCCAGCCCUCGCCGUCUUUCCCCGGCAGCGUCCUGGUGUUCGUCAGCGGCACCCUCCAGCUCGCCGGCGAGGAGCACCAGCUGAGGUUCAGCCAGAUGUUUCAGCUGGUGCCCAACGAGCAGGGGAGUUUCUUCGUGCAGAACGACAUAUUCCGGCUCAACUACGGUUGACGCAGUAGCCGGUGUUCUUCGUGUGGGUGCCGAAAGGAAGGUCACCAUAUGCUUUGAUGUCACAUGGACACGCCUCGUGUUCGUGUAGGAUGCAGUGCAGCAGCCCAAUGUUUACUUUCAGAAAGCGUAGCGUCCUAAAUAAAGUUUCCUAUUAAGAAAAAAAUUGCUUUCGUUUGAGAAUGGCUUACAUUUAGAAGAAAGUACUGUUACAAUCAGCUUAUCUUGUAGCCCAGUUGAUUCGGUUAGGAGUGGAUUUAAGGGGUUUAGGGAGAGAUUAAAUCUCUUUCUAAUCAAAAUUAAAUUUAAUAGAAAUAGAUUCAAUUU